GUCCAUGAAUGGGAAACAUUUUUUUCCAACAGCAGACUGAUGUACAAAUGCAUGUUUAGAAAACUAAAAUUUCGAAAGAUUUUUGCAUGUAUAACCUCAAAAAGAAAAGUGUUAUUUUUACAUUACUCAAAACUUUUAUUUUACAGGAUUAAAUCAGAGAAAGAUGGACAACCAAGGAAGAGAAGGAACACUGGAAAUGAGGCGACAGAUUUUUUGAUGAGGAAAUUAGAGUUGGACCAGCAAAUGAAAGAACGUGAGUUCCAAAUGCAGAGAGAAGAAGUAGAGCGAAGACAGCAAGAUGAAGACCGAAGAAGGGAAAGAGAAGAAAGAGAGGAGGAAAGGAGACAGCAGAGAGAAGAGAGGGAAGAGGAAAGGAGGAGGCAUGAUGAAGAAAGAAGGAGGGAGAAGGAAGAGAGAGAAGUGGAGAGGAGGAGAAGAGAUGAAGCAGAGAGAGAAAGGAAAAUGGAAAUGUUCCAUCAACAAUUACUACAACAAAAUCAGUUAAUUAUGAUGAUGUUGAAGAAGGAAAAGGAGUAACUUGAAAGAAAUACUGAUACAAAAGUUAGUGUUGUCAUUCUUUUGUAACAUAUUGAAGCAAACAUUCAGAAACAUUUCUGUUUGAUUUUGCACGUUUUUGCCCCCUGAAAGUUAGUUCAACCACAAGGUUAUUUUUUCAUGUACCAUACUUUUGGCGUUGUAAGGAGGUUGCCUUCAUAUAUGUUAAAAGAAAUAUUUGGCAGUACUCUAUAAUGUGUUCUCAUUUUUGUUGUUCAUUUUAGAGAAUCAAGAGGAACUGUUAGUAUUACAUAAAUAUUUUACAGUUAUUUAGUAGUUGUAUAAAUUCACUAUAAAGGCAUGUUUUAACUAUUAAAAGGGAGGUUCAGUAGUGGAUUAGCAGGACCUUAAGAAAUAAAGUAUUUUCAACAUUUAACAUGUGAACAGUUUUAUUGAUAUUUAUGAAUAAAUAGACCAAGAACUAAUUGAUACCAGGUUAUUUCGUUUAUUUGUUCAUGCUCACGGACAUGAAGAACAAUGGUAUGUACAUCUAUUACCAAAAUAUAUUGGCAUAUGUAGCUGACAUGCAACACUCUGAAAACCUCACUUGAUCUUAGUAUAUUUUCAU